AUGCAAAUUCACGAAUCCCAAAUCCCCAAACCAAAAUCUACACAGGUGUUGAUCAAAGUGAUGGUGUCGGGUUCGAAUCCGAAAGACUGGAAAGGGCCAACUCCUAUCCCCGCACAGAACAACACGAAUACAGGCGACGAUAUCGCUGGAAUCAUUGAGGCUGUCGAUUCAUCGGUUGUCGAGUUUGGGCCUGGUGAUCGUAUUGCAAGCUUACACAAGCUCAAGACCCUUCAUGGAUCCUAUGCUGAGUAUGCAUUAGGGGAGGAAUAUAGCACGAUCAUGCUGCCUGAGAACGUGAACUUUGAAGAAGGGGCAACGAUCCCACUGGCAGCGAUGACUGCCGCAAUCGGGCUGUUCAAUAGUCUUGCUUUGCCGGAACCUUGGUGCCAACAUGAGACAUUGAGAGAGCAGGUGAAAGGUGGUGCUGUGGUUUACGGCGCCGCCAGUGCCGUCGGAUCUUUUGCCAUUAAACUCUUGCGAAAAGCCGAUAUCCACCCAAUUAUAGCUGUUGUCGGGGGAGGGAUAUCAUAUGUCGAAGGCCUUAUUGAACGAAACAAGGGCGAUGUGAUUAUUGACUAUCGUGAAUGA